UUGAAGAAGUGGAUGACUUGAGAUCACAGCUAGCUUCAACAAAGGAAACUGCAGAAACAAGCGCUGCUUCUGCUCAAUCCACACAGCUUCAAUGCUCAGUGAUAUCACAACAACUCGACGACAAGACACGUUCUCUAAGAGAACACCAAGACCGUGUAACUCAACUCGCCAACCAGCUUGAUAACCUCCAGAGAGAUCUAAGGACCAGAGAGUGUUCUCAGAAAGAGCUGAGUGAUGAAGUUAUUAGAAUAGAGCGUUAGAUAACUGAAGCUGUUGCAAAGUCAGGAAAAGACAUGGAGUGUGAGCUAAGGAAAAUUCUGGAAGAGGUUUCCCCAAAGAGCAUUGAGAGAAUGAACAGGCUGUUGAGUGUGAAAGACGAAGAGAUUGCAAAGCUAAAAGAUGAGGUAAGGCUAAUGUCAGCUCACUGGAAACUCAAGACUAAGGGACUCGAAACUCAGUUGGAGAAACAAAGAAGAACAGAUCAAGAGUUGAAGAAGAAGGUGGUGAAACUGGAGUUUUGUUUGCAAGAAGCUGGUAGCCAGACAAGAAAGCUGCAAAGGAUGGGGGAGAAGCGAGACAAGGCUAUUAAAGAGCUAAGAGAUCAGAUUACUGGAAAACAGUGGAAUGAAUCGGUUCCUAGAGAGAAACCAAACUUUUGGGAUACCUCAGGGUUCAAGAUCGUUGUGUCAAUGUCCAUGUUGUUAUUAGUGAUUGUCUCCAAAAAAUGAAUUCUUGUGUGUUAAUUUGAUCUUGCACUCAUUUUUUGUUGUUGUGUAUGUAGUAGUUGCAGUGCAGAUAGUAGUAGUAGCAGUAGAUAUGGUGCAUGUACCAUUUUAUAUUUCGUUACCGAGUAGGCAAGGUGUUUAAUAUUUCUUCCAAGACAAAAACAAACGAGAACUAAUGAAAAAUCAUUGAGAAGCCUUUUGUGUGUGUUUUGACUGAUCGAUGUUAAUUUGUUUCUUUAUAGUAGAGUGACUCUAUUAUAUAAGUUGGUUAUACUACAAUUGUAUUCUAUUUUAAAAUAAAUAAUAGAGUGAUGAACAAAAAUAAAUAAAUCAAUUAUUCUAUUUAUAGAGUAAACCUGUUUUUUAUUCUAGAAAAAUAGAGUACUAUUAGAACAUUUUUACUCUAAAUUUUGAGGUUAAAAAUACUCUUAGUUAGAAGAAAUGUUGGGGAAAAUGGGAAGUUAGAUGAGAUGAUUAAUGAAAUGGGUCAGAGACACUGUGUUGUUGAAUUGUUGUUAACUUGUUAUGAAUGAAAACUGUUCGAAGUCGUGAGUUUAUAAGGUUGAAUUGAAAUUUCAAAUGUACUGUGACUGGGGACUUGUUUUGAAGUCUAAUAAGAUGUUGAGAUUCUAGAGGAUGUGUGUUUCAUGAGUUUUUUCCAUGCAUGUGCGAAGAAAGUUAUGACCGACUUUUAAGCAAUUUUACUCGCUUUGUUUUUUCUCCAUUCAUUUACCCUUUUUUUUUGACUAAACCACUGAGAAUUAACAGCUUUACUUUUAGAGAAAUUUUUAUAAAAAAUACUCUCCAUUCAUUUACCUUGGUAAAUUACUUUUUUGAUUGAUAUGUUUUCUGAGCUAAAAUAAUAGUACAUCUACAUAAGAAAUUCAUAAUCUAAUAACAGAUUACACUAACCAAAUUAUCAGAAUCCAGUUGUUUACUGUAAGAAGAAAAACAAAACAAAACAAAAAACCUUGAUUCAUACUCCCUCUAAAGCAAGAUUUUCAAGAGUAUGCACGCUUAUUAAGAAUUUAAUAAAUGUUUAUAAUUUAAUUUAUUUUUUACUUGAUUAUACACUUUCCAAUAACUUUCCACCAAUGAAAUUUAAUCAAUUCAAAUAUUCUCAAUUAAUGUUCCUCAAAAGUAUAAAAAAAUACCUUAACAAUAUAGAAAAUCUAUCUUUGUGGAACAAGGAAAAAAUCUAAAACAUCUUACUUUCAGGAACGGAGGUAGUAAUAAAUUCAGAUCACCUCGUGCGUGUUUAAACGAAUGUCCUUGGAAAUCAAUAAAUAGAAGAAUUGUCCAAUUUUUAUUUACAAAUUCCUCUAAAAUUGAAUGUUGUAGGGAUACAAUUCAAUAACUGAGGAGUUAUCGAGGGUAGCUUACAUUACAUACUAGAUAGGGCAUCGUCUCUCACCUUACAAAAGUGGUCGUUGAUUUGUAUUUUAUUUCUGCCUCUCCGACACGUUUGACCCAACGGCCCAUUUUGGUCUGCUUGGUCCAUUCUUUGUAAUCCCAUAAGCAAUGUGCGUAGGCAGACUCAUAAUGAAAGACAAAUAUUACCCUCGUUCAUAAGACUCGCAACAUGGCUUUCAUUCAUUUUAAUAUUCACACGAUUCAAAAUUUCAAACAAAGCAUAUCUGAUUGGCUUCUAUCAAUGUGUAUUUUUGCCAAUUU